CCACAGCACCACCUACUUACUGCAGCCUCCAGCCCCCAGCGCAUCCCUCUGGCGCGCCCCGCACAGCCCCGGCUGCGGAGGGCGAGGGUGAGUCUGCCCCGCGGGCAGCCCCCACGUCACAGCCGGAGUGCGGGGAUAAAAGGGCCGGGAGGCGAGACGCAGCCGGACUCGUGGGGCGGCAGCGCCCCUGGUUGCUCCCCAGCAGAGGCGGGGGGCUGGCGAGGGGCACGUUGCAAAACCCGCCUGUUCACCUCCCGCCCAGGCAGCCUCUCCGGCCGCCCCGCGGAGCCCCCAAGCCCCUCAGCUGAGCGGCUCCCAAACUUCGCCUGCCCACGUGUUGCUAGCAGAGUCCCGGGGAGCCGAGGGGCGCCGCUUCCCUGACUCGCUGCCGCAGGAUGGCUGGAGGGGCCGCUCCGCUGCUUGCUCGGCGCUGAAGGUACGGACCGUGCGCCGGAGCCUGCCCCCCUCUCGCCCCACGAGCCUGCCCCGUGCUCUCUGAGUGCAGCCACCUGGGGCAGAGUUGUGGCUCUUGGCGGGUCGUCCCCGCUCCACUCCGCUUUGCCAUCCCCGUGGCCUCGGUGCAGGCAGGGAGGGUGGGACUAACCCCCCACCCCACCCCCCCCACACACACCCACACACACCCCGCUCUGCUCCUUGUCUGCAGAUCAAAGGAGAUGCUGGGAGCUGCUGCCAGUUCGCAGCGCCUGGGUAAGGGAGCGGCCCGCGGGUGGUGACUCCGCAACCGGACCGGACCCUACUGCCGCGGCCCCCCGCGCUCAGCCUGGCACCUCCGCUCCCCGCGGCGCCUGCCCCGGCCCCGCCAGCCGGCUGAUUUGUUCCCUCUGAGAGAAGCUGCCCACCCUCGCCGCCCAGGAUGCAGUUUCGCCUCUUCUCCUUUGCCUUGCUCGUCCUGAACUGUAUGGAUUACAGCCACUGCCAAGCCAGCCGCUGGAGACGCAGCAAGAGAGCUAGCUAUGGACCAAAUCCAAUUUGCAAAGGUUGUUUGUCUUGCUCAAAGGAUAAUGGGUGCAUCAGAUGCCAGCAUAAAUUGUUUUUCUUUCUUCGACGAGAAGGAAUGAGGCAAUAUGGAGAAUGCUUGCAUUCUUGCCCAUCAGGGUACUAUGGACUCCGAGCGCCAGAUAUGAACAGAUGUUCAAGAUGCAGAAUAGAAAACUGCGACUCUUGCUUUAGCAGAGACUUUUGCACCAAAUGCAAAGCUGGCUUUUACUUACACAGAGGCCGUUGUUUUGGAGAAUGCCCGGAUGGAUUUGCAUCCUUAGAGGAAACUAUGGAAUGCGUGGAAGGCUGUGAAGUGGGUCCCUGGAGUGAAUGGGGAACUUGCAGCAGAAAUAACAAAACCUGUGGAUUUAAAUGGGGUUUGGAAACAAGAACAAGGCAAAUUGUGAAAAAGCCGGCAAAGGACACAAUACCUUGCCCAACCAUUGCAGAGUCCAGAAGAUGUAAAAUGGCUGUGAGGCACUGUCCAGGAGGUAAGAACACUCCCCGCUAA